AAUUACACCAGAUAAUGCAUUAGGAUUGACAGGUGCACCUUGAUUUCACAAACUCUGUGUCGGUGGUGCUCAUACCACGUGUACGGCGUCGGCAGUGGUUCACCGGCACUGGUUUUCAUCGCUUCUACUAUAAAUAAUCGUCUUCACCACAAUGCUACCAAUUUCAUUGAUAAUUCGAAGAAGAUGAAGCUUCCACUAGCAGCUCUACUCAUCCUCGCUCUUGUUUUCACCUCCUCCGUCUUUAAAUCCGUCAUCGCAACAACUCCUACCGCCGCAUCCGCCUCCACCUCCGUUUCCAUCUCCGUCUCUGGUCCAGGUAGAUUUGGUUGCAAUAAGAAGUGUGAAUUGAGGUGUUCGAGAUCUGGCCGGAGAGACAGAUGUUUGGAUUAUUGCGGGAUCUGCUGCGGGAAAUGCAGCGGCUGUGUUCCGGCAGGUCCGUACGCCGAUAAAGCGGAAUGCCCUUGCUACCGUGAUAUGAAGAACCCCAAGGGGACAAGCAAAUGCCCUUAAAAUGUUUGAAUUUUAAUUGAUUAGAGUUUGUGUGAAUAAUUGUUGUGAAGGAG